UGGAGCAUCAAGGUGGCCUAUGAGCUAGCCUCCACCGCACACUUUUCCGCAGUGCGCAACCAGGUACGCGAGCAUCGGAGCCGAGAGGGCAUGGCCUCCGGGAAUACCAUGCUGAUAUCGGGACGAUCACAUUGGGCUGCGUCUUUUUUCCCAGACAUCAUCCUUGUCUCCCCUCCUCCAUCGAGGGCCAAAACGAGCACAUGAUAGUGGGAUGCCUGACAAUCAUGCCGUCUGUUGAUGUAAGGGCCAGAUGGAGGGGGUUGAUUUUUUUAUUGCCUGCGUGACAUUCGUCAGAUGCACCGUCUGGAGCCAUGUAUGGUUGCGGCAUGACCCCGAAGGGGGCGUGAACACUGUUGGUCGGCUACGAGAAUUGAUUUGAUAGCACACCGUUGGCUUUUUUUCACCUGCAUAUGUGACAAGCCCUCUCCAUCCAGACGACUGCCGCAAUGCCUUGAAGAUGAUGUCAGGUUAUUUUCCCAUGAUGCAUCUGCGGAACUCUAAUGAAAGCUCGGGGCAGGGGGUUGCCAGCAGACCCUGCCUAUGACCUGGAUUACCGCGAUACCCCAUUAACCUCUCUUGGGAAAAAGCACUCAAGACAGACCCCCCAAGACCAAAACGCCACUGUCGCAGGUGAUCCGCAUAACCGCAAUUUUCUCCCCCUGCUGUUGGGGAUAUCUGGUGCAGUAGUUCUCGGGAGAAAGCGAGCUUCGAUUUGCUGCGUGAAUCAUCCGUUGGGAGACUUUUCAUUUGAACGUGAUGUAGAUCGAGUCACCAACUGCUACGGCGCAAUCCUAUACAACCUUUUGGGAAGGAGGACAAGGGGAAAAUAUCGACUUGCAUGUGUAGUUUCUAUUAUCCUGACUCAUCUUCCUACAUUUUCUCUUGGUUUCGUACGCAAUCUUUUUUUUUAUUUCUUUUUUUUGCCUUUCCCUUUAAUUUCCCAUUAUUAUUUUUUGGGGGCCCCUUGGAUAAUGCUUUUUAUUUAUUUUUUUUAUGUUUUAAUAAUUCUUGGUGUAGCUGGGUGUUGUUGCGGCACAGUCGACCGCAGUCAUUCUCUAUCAUUUUGGAUUGAAGCCCAGGGCCGGGAGAUUCUUAUUUAAAGGCUUCUUUGACCCGGCAAAAAGUUCAGAACAUCAUCACAACAGUUCUCUCUCCAGUUCACUCCUCGAGGGAAAUCUCUUUGAG